AUGAGAGCUAAAUUUUCGAUGAAGCAUAUACUUCAGGCAACACGUGCUUUACUUUGUGGUUAGAAAACAUUAUAAAAACAAUAACAAAAGACACAAAAAGGCUGUAAAUAAUUGAAAAUAAAACGAGUAUGCAUCCUAGAAGUGGAUCAUUGAACACUAAAAGAGAUAAUGAGGAUGCUGAUGGUUUGGAAGAAGACAAUUGUGAGAUAAAAACAUUAAAAAUAAACACAAGCAAGUGGAAAACACUUCAUCACAGACUUCUGCAACACCAUUGCCUUUUUGAGUGUCCUGUUUCCAAUCCGAAAAAGACUGGAAACUAUGCAAUUAAAUUUGAAAAAAGACUGUUACAAGAUACAGAUCAAGUAAAAGCCCUUUUUAAUCCCGACGACACCACGAAUAUCGGUCUCCCCUAUCCCCUAACAUUUCCAGGACAAGUGUCUCCGGAUGUAGACCCCUGUACUAAGUUAGUAAUAGAGAAAGAUAAGUAUAGACAGGACUUGCAAUAUUACAGGAGCGUUCACAAAACCCAUAAAGGUCGCAUUGAGUUUAUAAAAGAGAAGGAAUUUUGUGUACUCCCUAAAUAUUUAAUUGACAUCAGUAAAGGGGCUCUAAAAGACCCAGAUCCUUUCUUUAAAGGUUCAUAUGACUGGUAUUACACUGGAGGGAUCAUUGAUACCAUAAAUUUAAUGGGAAUUGCAUACACAGUCUAUCCAAUCAAAAAUGGAUCUUUAGGCAUAAUUGAAUCAGAUGAACAUCAUAGAAGUCAUGAACUAGAUUGUGACUUACAAAGUGAUGUAGGCAACCCAAUUUACUCGCUAAGGUCUAAUGAAUUUAAUAAAGGCUUCGCAACCCUUUUGAGAAAGAAGUAUGAACUCUUUUUGGUCUGUACCACCUUUGAAGAUGAUUUAUUCCAGUCUAGUCUCGUUUGGAAGCGAGAAUCUUUACUAACACCCUAUAUUGACUUCAAAAUAGAUCUGACCACCAAUUCACAAAUAGCUACUGUCGAUUUGUCCCACUGUUUGCAGUUAUUGGACUUGGAAUCGAAUAAGGUUUUGAACGAAUACAGCGUUGCCUCGGUCUCCGAGACCCUUCCAGACCAACUGGCGCAAAUAGAAUACUUGAAUAGUAAAACAAUCCUAUGUACAAACCGUAAAACGAUUCAACAGUUAGAUUUAAACUCGGGGGAAUUACAGAAAUUUAACGUGAAAGCAGAUUUUUAUAAUUGUGAUGAUGUCUGUUGUUUUGUUGGUAGCCAAAGGAAUAACAAAUACAUUUACGUGGCAACGACUCAUAACUUAUUAAAAAUCGAUCUGAGAAACAUGCGAAAAACUGGAAACUAUUUAUAUGUUAAUAAAUGGGCUCAUAUGAUGACCACACCCCCUGUUGUUAUGAGCUACUCAGUAGUUGAUGAUGACUUUGAAUGUUUGUACUUGUCAGGGCCUAAAUUUUCAGAUAAGGUAUUAUUAAACCUUUCAACAAAUACUCAACUGCCUGCUUAUGUACCCAACAUAGACGAUGCAUUGAAUACCCUUAAUUUAACGGGAAAUAUACGAUAUGGGGAGGAAAUAAGAGAAAGGGUGCGAUUGUGUAACGCGGGAAAUGGAAUCAUUAAGGCUAGAGAAAGAAACUUAACUUUAGUAACUGCAAACUCAGUUGGAGACGUAUUCGAACAAGAAGUAACCCAUCGAAACCCACCGGAAAGAACCGAGCAAUUCGCUCGGUGGUUGGAUCAAAUCCCAAAAAAGAGAAGACCUCUAGAGAUCACGGGUGUGUCUAACAUGGGUGGUUAUUUUUUUGGGAUGAUAAACGACGAUGCUGACGAAUAUUACUUGAAGAAAAUGAGAAAAGAAAAUAAGCAGGUUCAGAGACUGAAAGACGAGUUCUUCGAUUUGGAUAUCACUGAUCCUAAAUUCAAAGCAAUGAACGCCGUUUGGGAAGAUGAAAAUUUGGAUGAUACGUCGAAACAUUUAGCAGACGAAGUAACUCCCAAACUCAAGGUUACUGAGUGGUUGCAAACUGCUAAUGAGUCAACUGGUGAUUUAAGUGGAUUUGAGUAUUUAAGCGACAUUCAAUUUUAAUAUAUGCUUAUAAAGAUAUAAUUGGCUGUGAUAUUUAUUAAUAAAUAAACGCCACAAAUGUC